CGAAAGCCCUCACACCGGUCUGGGUGCCACCUCUCCCUGCUUGGGCGCCGCCGCGCGAGCGCUUCCCUUCCCCCUGCGAGCGCCCGGAUAAUGUCUGAGAAUGUCCAUUUCUGGGACGCUUAGCAGCUAUUAUGUCGACUCGAUCAUAAGUCACGAGAGUGAGGACGCGCCUCCAGCCAAGUUUCCUUCCGGCCAGUACGCGAGCCCCCGGCAGCCGGGCCACGCGGAGCACCUGGAGUUCCCCUCGUGCAGCUUCCAGCCCAAGGCGCCGGUGUUCGGCGCGUCCUGGGCGCCGCUCAGCCCGCACGCGUCGGGAAGCCUGCCGUCCGUCUACCACCCCUACAUCCAGCCCCAGGGCGUCCCGCCGGCCGAGAGCAGGUACCUCCGCACCUGGCUGGAGCCCGCGCCGCGCGGCGAAGCUGCCCCGGGGCAGGGCCAGGCGGCGGUGAAGGCGGAGCCGCUGCUGGGUGCGCCAGGGGAGCUGCUCAAACAGGGCACGCCCGAGUACAGUUUGGAAACUUCGGCGGGCAGGGAGGCCGUCCUGUCUAAUCAAAGACCCGGCUACGGGGACAAUAAAAUUUGCGAAGGAAGCGAGGACAAAGAGAGGCCGGAUCAAACCAAUCCCUCCGCCAACUGGCUGCACGCUCGCUCUUCCCGGAAAAAGCGCUGUCCCUACACCAAAUACCAGACGCUGGAGCUAGAGAAGGAGUUUCUGUUCAAUAUGUACCUCACCAGGGACCGUAGGCACGAAGUGGCCAGACUCCUCAAUCUGAGUGAGAGACAAGUCAAAAUUUGGUUUCAGAACCGGCGGAUGAAAAUGAAGAAAAUGAAUAAGGAGCAGGGCAAGGAGUAAAGAUUACCCUCAGCCCCUCCACCCCUUCCCACCUCACUCUUAUUUAUAAGUGAUGGCUGCAGAGCCAAAGCUGUGUGGGAGCCGUCAAGUGAGUGGGGAAGGGGGCCUUUCUCUUCAAAGGCCUUUUCUGCAUCUCUCUCCUCUCCUUUGCUCUUCCUUACCUGUCCUUUCUUCUCCCUGGGCCUCAAGAGGAACUUUUGUUGAUGUAGAAUGUAGCAGUAGUUGGUUCCUAAGAAGGUGAUGGGCCACAGGAAAGAGAGAACCUAGUUGAGCCCUUAGCAACUCCCCUAGUUUUUCUGGGAAGCCCCAGCACCUCCCUUCCAGCCUGCCUGCUCCCAAAGUCACCGAGGGACACCCCUGCACAUAGACACAUAGACAUCCGAACCCAUAAAACCUGGAGUCCACAGUAACAAUGGGGAAAACUCACAGCCAACACUUCAAUGAAGUGACACUCCAAAGGCAGAUGAUAGCAUUGGAAAUCUGGAAGAACAGCCCACAGACUAUCAGACAAGCCCAGGGCUCAGUCCUGCCACAAAUACACCCCAAGCUGUUUAGAGACACACUCCUAAAUGAGGUGCUGCAGCCCCAAGGGCUGGGUGUCAUCGCUUAGAGAAACCUCAGCUAUACCCAAGCAGGGGCCCAAGAACAAAUGGGGUACACUCAGACCCCAAGUUGGCGGGCUAGAAAAAGCAGUGAAAGGCAGCACUGGUCUCAUGAAAUUAUUCUAUACACACACACACACACACACACACACACACAUUUUGUUGCAGGAAAUGUUUCAUUCUGCAUGUCGUUUUCCUCUCUUUCCAGCAAAAGGAGGUCAGAUCAUGGGUCGUAAGUUCUGACAAGGUCAUCCUCUGGUCCAUCUGUGCCCAGCUUGACAGAGACUGUAGCUUCUCUUGCUCUGCCUGGGCUCUGCAUUCUUCCGCAUCCCUCUCAGCUCUGACUUUUACACUGUUCAGCUAAACCCACCUUGCACUAGUGAGUCAAGUCACCCCUUGCAGAAAAAACCCCUCCAACCCCCAUUCUCUACUAGCACAACCCCACCCGCGUCUGGAAAGCCAGGUCAGGAGAAUCCAAUUGAGAAUUUAUUGUGGAUCGAUUCCCAGCUCCCUUCUGGAGUAAAUGGUCAGGACAGGGAGAAGCAGAGGCUGCAGUGCUCAGAACUGGGCACAGUCUCCUUAUCCCACCCAGCUGCAGACCCAGGCAGAGAGGCCCCACCUCAGCCACUGCCUGCCCCAGAGCAGAGCGAGACCUGCCCCAGCGCUGGGCUGUGCUCCCACGAAUCGGGCCUGGACAGUGAUCAGCCUGCCGCUGUGCGCAAGCUUCUGGGGAGCAGUCCCGUGUGCAAAGGAAGAGGCGAAUUGCACCUCAAUCAUCUGGCCGAAGUUCGCUCCCUGUUUCCCUUCUCCUCCCUGACCCCCUCCCAGCCCCCUUCAGUUCCGCGGACUCUUGCUCCUGCUUCUCCUGACCCUGCAAGGGGAUGUCCCAGUAGAACUUUCUUGCUUUGUUGGUGGCUGUUGUGAACUUGUGCUGUGUUUUGUGAUUUCUUUGGGGGUGAUUAUCUGGCCUGUUUCAGUUGUCGCUUAUAU